UGGCCAGGGCUGCUGUGGCAAAAUGAGCUGUCAACUUUAGGUUGACAGGGGUGUGGCCGCGACCGCAAGGGCUUUUGUUGCCGGGUGAACCCAACAGGGAUGGGCUGCUGGGGACAGCUGCUGGUGUGGUUCGGAGCCGCGGGCGCCAUUCUCUGCUCUAGCCCGGGGUCCCAGGAGACUUUUCUGCGGUCCUCGCCCCUGCCGCUGGCAAGUCCCAGCCCCCGGGACCCGAAAGUCAGCGCCCCGCCUAGGAUCUUGGAGCCAGCCUCCCCGCUGAAUUCUCCGGGCACCGAGGGGUCUUGGCUGUUUUCUACCUGCGGGGCCAGCGGCCGGCAUGGGCCCACACAGACACAAUGUGACGGGGCGUACGCGGGGACCAGCGUGGUGGUGACCGUGGGGGCCGCCGGGCAGCUGAGAGGCGUGCAGCUGUGGCGCGUGCCGGGCCCUGGCCAGUAUCUGAUCUCAGCCUACGGAGCCGCGGGCGGCAAAGGCGCCAAGAACCACCUGUCGCGGGCGCAUGGCGUCUUCGUCUCAGCAAUCUUCUCCCUCGGUCUCGGGGAGUCGCUGUACAUCCUGGUGGGGCAGCAGGGAGAGGACGCCUGUCCCGGAGGUAGCCCGGAGAGCCAGCUCGUCUGCCUCGGGGAGUCUCGAGCCGUUGAAGAGCACGCGGCGAUGGAUGGGAGCGAAGGGGUCCCGGGGUCGCGGCGCUGGGCGGGAGGUGGCGGGGGUGGCGGGGGCGCCACCUACGUUUUCCGGGUGCGCGCUGGCGAACUGGAACCGUUGCUGGUGGCGGCCGGAGGCGGCGGUCGGGCCUACCUGAGGCCGCGGGACCGAGGCCGGACUCAGGCCUCCCCCGAGAAACUGGAGAACCGCUCGGAGGCGCCCGGGAGCGGCGGGAGAGGCGGGGCGGCAGGUGAGGGCGCGGGCCGCGGGGAGAGGCGGGCGUGCUCCCCGUGUGGCUGCCAACCUUCCUGCUGUCGCUCUGCAGGUGGUGGGGGCGGCUGGACGUCGCGGGCUCCCUCUCCGCAGGCCGGCCGCUCACUGCAGGAGGGGGCGGAGGGCGGCCAGGGCUGCUCCGAGGCUUGGGCGACCCUUGGCUGGGCCGCGGCCGGCGGCUUCGGGGGCGGCGGCGGGGCCUGCACUGCGGGCGGAGGCGGCGGCGGCUACAGGGGGGGCGAUGCUUCAGAGACUGACAACCUCUGGGCUGAUGGGGAAGAUGGAGUAUCCUUCAUACACCCCAGCAGCGAGCUCUUCCUGCAGCCUCUGGCAGUCACCGAGAACCACGGAGAGGUAGAGAUCCGAAGGCACCUCAACUGCAGUCACUGCCCUUUGAGAGACUGCCAAUGGCAGGCAGAGCUCCAGUUGGCUGAAUGCCUGUGCCCAGAAGGCAUGGAGCUAGCUGUGGAUAACGUCACCUGCAUGGACCUGCACAAGCCCCCAGGCCCUCUGGUUCUGAUGGUGGCUGUGGUGGCAACCUCAACACUGAGCCUCCUUAUGGUGUGUGGGGUCCUGAUUCUGGUGAAGCAGAAGAAGUGGCAGGGCCUGCAGGAGAUGAGGCUGCCGAGCCCUGAGCUUGAGCUGAGCAAGCUUCGAACCUCUGCCAUCAGGACAGCCCCCAAUCCCUAUUAUUGCCAGGUGGGGCUUGGCCCGGCCCAGUCCUGGCCUCUGCCCCCAGGUGUCACCGAGGUUUCCCCAGCCAAUGUUACUCUGCUCAGAGCCCUGGGCCAUGGUGCCUUUGGGGAGGUGUAUGAGGGACUGGUAAUUGGCCUUCCUGGGGACUCCAGUCCCCUGCAGGUAGCUAUCAAGACCCUGCCAGAACUCUGCUCGCCUCAGGAUGAGCUGGAUUUCCUCAUGGAGGCCCUCAUCAUCAGCAAGUUUAGCCAUCAGAACAUUGUGCGGUGUGUGGGGCUCAGCCUCAGGGCCACCCCUCGCCUCAUUCUGCUGGAACUGAUGUCUGGAGGGGACAUGAAGAGUUUCCUGAGGCACAGUCGGCCACACCUGGGCCAGCCAUCACCUCUGGUCAUGCGGGACCUGCUGCAGCUGGCCCAGGACAUAGCCCAGGGCUGCCACUACCUGGAGGAAAAUCACUUCAUCCACAGGGAUAUUGCCGCCCGGAACUGCCUGCUGAGCUGCACUGGACCCAGCCGAGUGGCCAAGAUUGGGGACUUUGGGAUGGCACGGGAUAUCUACCGGGCCAGUUAUUACCGCAGGGGGGACCGGGCCUUGCUCCCAGUCAAGUGGAUGCCCCCAGAGGCCUUCCUGGAGGGCAUCUUCACAUCCAAGACAGAUUCCUGGUCUUUUGGGGUGCUGCUCUGGGAGAUCUUCUCACUGGGCUACAUGCCCUAUCCUGGGCGCACCAACCAGGAGGUGCUGGACUUCGUCGUUGGAGGAGGCCGGAUGGACCCUCCUAGGGGCUGCCCAGGGCCUGUGUACCGCAUCAUGACCCAGUGUUGGCAGCACGAGCCUGAGCUCCGCCCUAGCUUUGCCAGCAUCUUGGAGCGUCUGCAGUACUGCACUCAGGACCCGGAUGUGCUGAAUUCACUCCUGCCAAUGGAGCUGGGGCCCACCCCAGAGGAGGAAGGGACUUCUGGGCUGGGGAACAGAUCUUUGGAGUGCCUAAGACCCCCACAGCCCCAGGAACUGAGUCCAGAGAAGUUGAAAAGCUGGGGAGGUAGCCCUCUUGGCCCCUGGCUGUCCUCUGGCCUCAAGCCCCUCAAAUCCAGGGGCCUCCAACCUCAGAACCUUUGGAAUCCCACUUAUCGCUCCUGAGCCCCAAGGGGCCCUGAGGGUAAGGACUGAGGCACUGAGGGUCCCUCCCUAUACUCCUCAGGCUCCUGGGUGGCCUGUUAUGCCAGCGGCCUCUGUUCCCUGCAGUCUGUGCUGUGUGUCUGGGCCUGUCUCGGGGCUGGCCUGGCAGCGCUGCACUUGCCGUGCUGGAAACCAGCCCAGGCCUCCCAGGGAAGGGCCCAGCCACUUCCAGCUUUUGAUCUUGGGGCCAGAGGCCGCCUUACACACACCCCAGGUGUCCAUGGGGAGCACUGGAUUGCUCUCCCAUUAUGAGCGUCCUUCAUGUGGGCAGACCCCCCACCCUGCAGAUGCUUCUAAUAAAAAGCUCUUCUCAUCCUCC